AUGGGGGCGGGGCUAGAGGAGGGGGCGGGCGAGUGUGUUGGCGCCCGUGGCGCGAGAUCCCCGGGGCCGCAGUCUCCCUGGGUCGCAGCCCGCGUGACCCGGCCCCCGUUUGCGCGCUCGCCCCUCCGCCGGCGCAGUCACCGCGCGGGGCGGCCGCCCGUGAGGAAGCUACAACGAAUAAAGCUCCGAGACACAGGCGCCCUCGUCGACACCUGGACGGGCGGCCCUGGCCGGGAGCGGCGGCCCGCGUGCACCGUGAGCAGCGAGCGGCAGAGGCGACCUCCGGCCCGGCCCGCACCAGCCUCCCUGCAGGCGCGGCAUGACCCUGGUCUGGCACUCCCGGGAUGCUUCUUGAGCCCCUUCGCCGGCGGUUACCUCGGAGGGACGGUUGUGGCCACACCGACAUCUAUUUUGCAAAGUAAUCAUUGUUUAUUCUUGUGGCGGCGGGGCCGAACACGCUUAUUUAUUUUUCAUUUUCUCAGCAAGCUUUUACCCAGCACUUGUCCAGCAAAACAACUCGGUAACCGUUUCGAAGCAGCACCGCCCGGUCAGGAAAUCUCCGCCCGAGCCGCUCGCGGAAGCCCGCCUUUGCGUCGUCCCUCCUUACAUGCUGUGAAGACUGUUGCUCCUCCCUGUAACCACCAGUGUGCACAGAACUCCACUCGGGAAACGUCUUGGCCCAGCGAUGCAAAGAACCGAAGUGUCAAGGUGCAGCUCGUGGGUUCAAAGAGGAGACCGAGAAAGGAAGGGCGGUCUAGCCUCGGGUUGUAUUCCGACAGAGCGGUUGGAAGUCCUGGAGGAUGCUCAGGGCUCCCCAGCCAUGAGGACCUGUCCCUGGCGUGACCUGAUUCACUCAGUUCCCCUCUCCCCUGGCGAAACAGCCCUUCCUUCAUCAUAGGAGUGGGUUUUGCUACUUUUGUCGCCCUGGCCAAUGGAAGCCCAGUUCCCAGUCCGCUGACACUGGGGGGCGGAGGGGGGGGGGGGACCGGCAGGGUGUCCUCUCCGCAGACAAAGGUUGAGAACAGGCCAAACCUCUACAGCCACCUGAGCCUGGUGCAAGGCGGCAGGGGUGGUUUGUCGGUGUCACCUCUCGUCUCCCACUAGAGGGAGCCCUUGCUCUAAGCAGCUGACAUGCCACCGGCGCCUCCCAGGAAAGGACUUGCUGGGCUCGCUUUUUACUGGGCAGAAUUAAGGCACCCAUACUUGGGGGCCAAAGGAGGCUUUUUUCCUGAGGGCCACCUCGUGAUUUUAACGGGCACAAAGAAAACAACCCGUUGGCCAGUUCAGGCUGAGUGGUAGCAGUACCUCUGACUUGAGGCAGGUGCCUCUCUGUGACCUCCCUGUGCCUCCGUCUCCUCAUCUUAAAAAAUGGGGAGCCCUGACCGGUUUGGCUCAGUGGAUAGAGCGUCGGCCUACGGACUGAAGGGUCCCGGGUGCGAUUCCAGUCAAGGGCAUGUA